AUGUCGGCCAAUAACACCUAUGGGUACAUAGACGUUUUCGGUAAAUUGUUGAAGAAAUACAAUACCUCGUAUCACAGAUCUAUACGAAUUAGCCCCACCAAAGCCAGCGACAAACGAACCGAAUCGAUCAUUUGGAAUAAUCUGUAUGGUGACACACCCCACAAACCCGUUGCAACGUUCAAAGGAGGUGAUCGUGUUCGAAUAACCAAGAAAAAGACCACCUUUGAAAAGGGAUACACACCCAACUGGACCGAAGAAGUUUUCGAGAUCGUCAACAUACAGAAUACCAACCCAGUGACCUGUAUGGUCAAAGAUUUGAAUGGUGAGCCCGUAGACGGCUUCUUCUACGAGCCAGAGCUACAGAAGACGACCCAGGAUGUGUUUCGCAUCGAGAAAAAAGGGUCACAAGCGUUCGUCAAAUGGAAAGGAUAUCCCAACACAUUCAACAGUUGGGUGGACAACCUCACCACCCUUGGAUGA